AUGAAAACUCACACAGGUGAGCGACCGUACCAGUGCAAUGUCUGUGGGAAACGAUUCAUCCAGAUUUCUGAGUACAAGAACCACCAGAGAUCACAUACUGGGGAGAAACGUUAUACCUGCUCAGAAUGUGGGAAAUGUUUCAGUCGCUGCACAUAUCUCACCAUGCACAUGAGAACCCACACUGGUGAGAAACCCUAUAUGUGCUUUGAAUGCGUUAAGAGCUUUAUCCAGCACCCGCACUUGGUUAAUCACCAGAGGAUUCACAGUGGAGAAAAUCCCUACACUUCCCGCAACUGUGGGAAAAGCUUCAGGCGCAGUUCAACCCUUGUGACCCAUCACAGAACACACACAGGGGAGCAGCCCUAUACUUGUACUGAGUGCGACAAGAAUUUUCUCCAUAGCUCUGACUACCAGCGACAUUGCAAAAUCCACACAAAUAAAUCUUCAUCCCUCAACUGCCCAGACUGUGAUAAAAGCUUCACUAAACAUUCUCUUCUCGUUAAACACCAAAUGAGCCACAGGGAAAAAAAGCUUCACGAGUGCCUCGAAUGUGGCAAAUGA